CCCCCCCUUCCCCCAGCUUCGCCAACACUGCCACGUCUACCAUGCCACAGCAAUUGAGUUCCAAGGACGCCUCCUUGUUUCGACAGGUGGUUCGUCAUUAUGAAAACAAGCAAUACAAGAAGGGCAUCAAGACUGCUGAGCAGAUCCUCCGGAAAACCCCUAACCAUGGCGAUACGUUAGCGAUGAAGGCUCUGAUUAUGAGCAACCAAGGUCAGCAGGAGGAGGCCUUUGCGCUGGCCAAAGAAGCCCUGAAAAAUGACAUGAAAUCGCACAUCUGCUGGCACGUUUACGGGUUGCUCUAUCGAGCUGCGAAGAACUAUGAGGAGGCCAUUAAGGCGUAUAGAUUUGCAUUAAGGAUCGAGCCGGAAUCCCAGCCUAUUCAGCGAGACCUCGCCCUCCUCCAGAUGCAAAUGCGGGAUUAUCAAGGUUAUAUACAAAGCAGGAGUGCUAUGCUACAGGCUCGACCGGCCUUCCGACAGAAUUGGACCGCUUUGGCCAUCGCGCACCACCUCUCGGGGGACUUGGAGGAGGCCGAAAAGGUGCUCACGACGUACGAGGAGACGCUGAAGACUACACCGCCACUUUCAGACAUGGAACACUCCGAGGCUACUCUGUACAAGAAUAUGAUAAUCGCUGAGUCGGGGGACCUGGAGAAGGCGCUGGAAAAUCUCGAGUCUGUGGGUCACCGAGUCAGUGAUGUGCUUGCCGUGAUGGAGAUGAAAGCGGAUUAUCUCUUGCGACUCAAUAGAAAAGAGGAAGCGGCUACAGCCUACAGUGCCCUCCUGGACCGCAACCCGGAGAACUCCAUCUACUAUGACGCUUUGAUCAGAGCUAAGGAUAUCCCAGCCGAUGACCACAAGGCUCUGAAGGCUGUGUAUGACUCCUGGGUCGAAAAGAACCCGCGCGGCGAUGCCCCUCGCAGAAUCCCUCUGGACUUCCUGGAAGGCGAUGACUUCAAGCAAGCGGCUGAUGCAUAUCUGCAGCGUAUGCUUAAGAAAGGCGUUCCGUCUCUCUUCGCGAACAUCAAGCUUCUAUACACCAACUCAAGCAAACGGGAUACCGUACAGGAGCUGGUAGAAGGUUAUGCGUCGGGAGCAGCCGUUGUGCAAUCUAACGGUUCUGCUGAAGGCGAGAGUGACAAGGAAAAGACUGAUUUCCUCUCCUCCGUGUUCUACUUCCUUGCGCAGCACUACAACUAUCGCCUGAGCCGAAAUCUCCCCAAGGCCAUGGAAAACGUCGACAAGGCCAUCGAACUGUCUCCUAAGGCUGUCGAGUAUCAAAUGACCAAGGCUAGGAUAUGGAAGCACUACGGUAACCUCGAGAAAGCGGCUGAAGAAAUGGAGAAGGCUAGGAAAAUGGACGAGAAGGAUCGCUACAUCAACUCCAAGGCCGCCAAAUAUCAGCUGCGCAACAAUGAGAACGACAAGGCACUUGAUAAUAUGAGCAAGUUUACCCGGAAUGAGGCCGUUGGCGGAGCCCUUGGCGAUCUUCAUGAAAUGCAGUGUGUUUGGUAUUUAACUGAGGAUGGCGAGUCUUACCUACGACAGAAGAAGCUUGCACUUGCUCUCAAGCGGUUCCACUCCGUUUAUAACAUCUUCGAUGUCUGGCAAGAGGAUCAGUUUGAUUUCCACAGCUUCUCCCUUCGUAAGGGUAUGAUCCGUGCUUACGUUGACAUGGUUCGCUGGGAGGACCGUCUGCGCGAGCACCCCUUCUACGCCCGCAUGGCACUUUCUGCUAUCAAGGCCUAUAUUCUUCUUCAUGAUCAGCCCGACCUAGCCCACGGACCCCUUGGUCUCAAUGGUGAUGAAGGCGAUAGCGCUGAACGGAAGAAGGCCCUCAAGAAGGCCAAGAAGGAGCAGCAAAGACUUGAAAAGGCCGAAGCGGAGAAGCGCGAGGCAAGGAAAGCUGCUGCUGCUACUGCUAAGGGUUCAGACGGGGAGGUGAAGAAGGAAGAUCCGGACCCGCUAGGCAUUAAGCUUGUUCAGACGCAGGACCCUCUAAAGGAUGCGAUGAAAUUCCUUACUCCCCUGCUCGAAUUCUGCCCUAAGAAUAUCGAGGCUCAGUGCCUUGGAUUUGAGGUCAAUCUUAGACGAGGCAAGUACGCACUUGCUCUCAAGUGUCUCUCAGCAGCACACGCGAUCGACGCAUCGAAUCCAACUCUACACAUCCAACUACUCCGAUUCCGCCAAACCCUGGACAAGCUGUCUGAGCCCCUUCCGCCCCAGGUUGCAGAAGUGGUCGACGCGGAAUUCGAGACGCUGCUCCCAAAAUCCCAAAAGCUUGACGAAUGGAACGCCUCAUUCCUCUCGGCGCACGGUGACAGCAUUCUGCAUAAGCACGCAUAUCUUACUUGCCGUCAGCUUCUAAACCCCGAUUCAAGACCAGAAUGCGAAAGCGAGCUUAAUUCAACUCUGGACUCGAGCGACGUGUCACUUGAGACGGCCCUCGCUGGUUUGAACUUGGUAACUGAGUGGGGGAGCAACCAAGCGGCGAAGGCGGCCUAUUCCGAAAAGGCUAGUGGGAAGUGGCCCGAGUCGACCUUGUUCCAGCUCAGCUGAGAUCUACCACAGCGGUUUGGUAACUGGUCAAGAGAACGAUGAUUUGCCUCGUUUUCUGUCGAUAUCCAUGACAUGUCCGCCUUCGCGGGUAAGAGGUAUUUAAUACCUCUUUUAGGAUGCUUCGUCAAAUACUAGCGAAGCGAGAACCUAGAUAGGAAACCCUGAAAAUCACGCGAUAAAACUCCAAAAAAAAAAAAAAAAGACGCAUGGGAUAGAUGAAAAAUGAGUGUAUGAAUAUGUAGGGUCAAAGGCUUUUAUUGGUCUGGGAGUUCGUUCACCUUCACUUUUCUUGUUCUGAUACCAAACUACAUAGUAUAGCCGAAGGAUACCAAGUAGCACUUUUCUCCUCUUCUCUCAUCUAGGACAGCGCAUAUAUGCAUGGAGACAACGAAGCUUGUGAAAAUGUUUCUUUAGAGACAUGGAUUAAGUUAGGCACUGCCUG